AUGUUUUACAAGCAACUCGUCAUCUUCCUUGUUACUAUGACCUCCUUUUCCAUGGCUCUUCCCACUGCCGCCAACUCCCCUGACAUUGCGGUUGAGGCAGCAGCCUCCUACAAAGCCCGCGAUUCUAAGCCCCAGGGCGCCGAGGACGAGAAGUGGGCUGACGUCAGCGACGACAAGUCGACUAUCGCGUACUAA